UCCAGCCAAAGCAGUAUUUGGACUACCUUCCAAAGGCAGCAGGGUGCAACAGGAGUUGGUAGCCCAUCAGCUCCAGCAGAAACAGCAACUUACAGUGCUGAGUGAGAAAGCAAAGCAAGAGGUUCAAGAAAGCCAGAGGUUCUUGAGUGACCUGCUUCAAGACAAUUUAAAGCUGUGCAGUAGCUCCAAAGGCAGUUAUUCUUCUGUGCCGAAACUGGACCAUGCAGAGCAAACAUGGACAGGAUUCCAGUCCGAAGGUGACAACGCAUCUGGCAGUAAUGAAGAGAUGCAUUCACUGAAACUAUCUGAAUUGAAUAUGGAAAGAGAUCACAGUCCGGUGGAUCCCAAAAUAGUGGAACAAAGAAAAUCUCCAGGAGGAAGGGAUUCAUAUUGCUCAACCCUUCAAGAAGGAUCCCUGCCGGCAGAGGAUGGGGAGCUGCUGCACAUCCACCAAGCCUUGAAUCUGUCGUCACCUCUGGGAAAUGCUCCCCACGGGGAGCCUGGUGCAGUGGGUGGCUCUGCAGAGAGCAGUGACCAGGCCAGCUUGGACAGCCAGUGGAGCGAAGUUGGCCAGCACUAUGGGAGCUCCAGCACGUUCUGCCACUUCAGUCUGGCCAUGGCGGAGCAGUGUCUGAGGGGAGAGGAGCUGCGAGCUCGACACCAGGCUGCCCUCCUCAAGCUCCGCAGAAAAGCUCUCCGGGCAAAAGCCAGGGCUGAGCUGGCCUGGCUGGGCCACCAGAAGUGCUUCCUGGAAAGCCUGCAGGAUAGUAAGGGAGCCUCUGCUGUGGCUGAGAAGCAGCACAAAAUUUUAACAGAGCUGGAACAGGAGCAGGUAGAAAUACAGCACCUGCAAAAUCUCUACAGGGCAGCCCAUCAAGAAAGGAAGCUUUUAUUAAAGCAGCAAAGAGAAAUCCUAAUGAUGCAGCAUUCAACAGCACAGCUCCAGGAAGAGCUGCAUAAUUUGACUGGGAAGAAAAAGCUUACAAGGAGCCCAGCAACUGAAGAAGCAAAUAAGCCAAAGACAAGACAGAUUUCUAGCUCUACGUUUGACUCCUUGGCAGAAUCUACAGCAUGCUCAGAAAGGCCUGAUAUGACUGGGGAUAAAAAGAAUUGUGUCCAGCUGAAGAACAAAGAAAGCAAGAAGUAUGAUAGCUUUUCUACUGAGAACAAGAAAACACCAGUACAAUGUCAGAAAUGGGCAGAGGAGUCCCCAAGUUUGGAGCACUCCCUUGUUGUGCAAGGUCCCGAUGUGUCUGGAACAGUGACCAGGAAAGUGUGUGAUGCCACCAGUCAAACCACAGGCUUGGUCUUCAUGAUUAAAGACUGCAAAAACACAGAACUUAAUGCUCAGGAUCACAUUUUAUUACAUCUGGAACAUGCAAACUCAGCUGGAACGGAUGAAGCUAUAGCCACAUCCAUUACAACAGAUGGCAGAAAGUGUGCGAUUCUGGAAUCUGUGCUGAAGGAAAAGGCAUUUAUUUCAGACCCAAAGAUAGAACCUAAAGAUAAUGAAGAUAUUAAUCCCUGUUACAGCAAGUUUACAGUGAAAAGCUUGGGGAUGCUUUCUACUCUGUGUAACUUAUGCCAGGUUCAGUCAGCAAAUAUUCCUCAAGAAACAGGUGACGAUGCACCAUCCUUAGUGGAAGAUCAAGAGAAUGAUUCUCUGACAGUGGAGGAAGUACAUGGGGAGCAGAGAAGUCACAGAACUCCAAGAGAAGAGCAGGACUCCUGUCCGUUUCAGUCUCUUCACACUCAGACACAGAAGAAAGAUCCUUCUUUUGACAUUGAAGAUAAUGAAAGAAGAUCAGCACUGAUUUCAAAUGAAGCUACAGUAGUGAAAGCGCAGUUAAGGAAGGAAAACUCACUACAGGAGCAGCAGAGGGUUAGCACAGACUCUGAGAGAAAAGCAGAAGUUGUGCAUAUGGAUGAAAAAGCACCUUCUGAAAUUCUGUCUUCAGAAGCUGUUCCAGUUAAAGAAAUGGAAAUGUCUUUCCCUUGUGAGAUUCAUCGUGUGGAUGGCAGUCCAUGUUUGGAGCCUUUGAACCAUAAUUCUCAUGAAGCUUCUGAUGAAGAACUAACUUUAAAAGUGUUUUGCAAAGGAUUAGCUUCUGCUGAGUCAUCGUCCAAGUCAGACGACUUCUCUCCAAGAUGUGAAAGUGCCAAAUCCGACUCUUCUCUCUCAGAAUUUCAGAAAGUGUCUGCAGUUUGGAUAGACAUCUCAGAAAGCUCUACUUCAGACUCUGAAUUAGAGGUGAAAAAUGGAAAGGACACAGAUAUCAGUAUCCCGGAAGAGCUUAUCUAUGAUAACAAUGAUGCAUUUCCUAACACUUCAAAAGAGAUGCCAAUAGCAGCAAGUAUUGGAAAGGAAACAUUACACAGUGACAAACGUAACGAACAUGAAGCACCCAAAGAGGACAACAGCACAAAGAUUUCAUCACUCUCUCAGAACUCCUGGAAAUACCCUGGAGAGGCUUCAGAUCAGGGGUGCCCUGAUCAUUUGCUUUCUUUCCUUCCAACAGACAAGGCAAAUACCUUCAAAAUAAAGCCACUGGAUCCCUUCCAGUUUGAAAAACCAGCCAAGGGAAUGGAUAAGCCAAAUUUGGAAGCCUCAGAAAACUCAAAAGAUGCAGCUGCCAGCUCUUUGGGCAGUGAUGGUAUUUACCCACUUAAGAUCUCUGAACAGCAGAAGCCUACUUCUACAACCAGCAGAGUGAAAAAGGAUGGUGGAAUUAACAGUUUAUUAAUGGAUCACAGCAGAGAGCGAAAGCAGUUUCUGCUGAUGGAUUCUUUGAAACAUCUAAAUUUGGCUACUGACCAAUUUAGUAGCACAGUCUCUCUUCCCCCUGAGAAAGGUAUUACAGAUGGUAAAUUAGUAGCAUGUCUGUCUUCCAGAAAUGCAGCAGCGCGAAAUAAUCAUGCACAGCUUUUGAAUGAGAGACUUGCAUCCAGAAAACUCAAUAAGAUUGUAUCUCUGCCCACGUCUGUGCAAGGAAUUUCUGAGGAAGUACAUACAGAAACCUACUCGUUUGAGUCUUUGCAAAGGGUGGCCCCAGGAAAUCAAAAUCACUCAAAAACUGAAAGGCAAGACACAGAGGAAUUGGGGAAGGGAUUUUCUUCCACCUCCUCAAAAAAGCAACUGUUUCAAGCUGAAAACUGCUCUUCCAAAGGUAAAGAUGAUACAAUUUUUAUUAGUGAUGAGGGCCUCCCUCCAGCUGAUGAGGAUACCUUGUCAGAAAUACUGUCUCCUGUUGAUGAAGUGCUGUCCUAUGGAAGUGCUGACUUGCCAUCCUCUAAUAAAAAGGAUUUGUCAUUUCCAAGUGAAGAUCUUCCUCCUCCCCCGUUAGGUGUAAAUGCAAUGAAAAAUGAUGAUUCUAGCUUUAGUAUGGAUGAUUUCCCAUCUCCACCAGAACAAAUGACAGUCUCAGAGACUAGACAGUGUAUGGAUGAAGACACAUCACUGAGAAUGGAUGCAUUAUCCCCAUUACUUGAUAACGUUGUGCCUGAAGAAUUUCCCCUGCUCAGUCGAGAGCCAACCGAUGUUUUUUCAGUGCAGGAUGGUAAUGUCUCAGAACAAUCUUUAGUUAGAGAAGAUAAGUCCUCCUUCGCACAAGAACUAUCAGAAUACCAAGGAGGAGAACAUGAGACACCUUUACAGUAUUUGGAGUGUCUGCCUGUGUCCAAUCCCAUUUUUUCUGGUCAGGCCAGUAAAAAUCCUGAUUCCACAAUGAAACAAUGUGAAACAUACUUAACACUACCCAAAGCUGAAGAGGAUGGUGCUGACCCAUUAUCAUCAUUUGAAAUUGGGGACAGAGUGUUAGUAAAGCAGACCCAGCCUGGAACCCUCAUGUUCAAAGGACGGACUUGUUUUGAUUGUGGCCACUGGGCUGGUGUUGCACUUGACAAAGCUGAAGGUGAUCAUGCUGGAACUUACAAAGGGGUGAAGUAUUUUGAGUGUGCUCAGCACUGUGGUAUAUUUGUCAGGCCUAAUGAGAUUUCACACCUCUUGGAGGAUAACAACAGUGGUUCCAAUAACACUGGGGACGAAGACUCAGACUCCUCCUAUGAUGAUGAAUCCUUCAAAAGAGACUGCAAAUACCCUGAAGCUGAUGAACAGGGCACAGGGGUAACAGAGAAGAACACUGAAGACACGAAAAGUGCAGGAGGAUCAGAAAUGCCAGAAAACCAGUCUAGGUUACACGUUGCCUUGCUGUCUGGAAAAGGUCAGAAGUUCACGCAUUCUGACCAGUGUAAGUGUAAUGAAUUCCUUUGUCAAAAUAAUUUAAUGUGCUUGGAAUCAUCAGAUAAAGAAAAAACAGAAGUUACCCAAAUAAAACAAGGGAUGCUUGCAGAUGUGCUUCUAAAGAAAAAUAAGACCAGCAGCAGAGAUGGGGUAAACACAAGCAAAAAUAUUUGUUGCUGGUUAGAGGAUCAGAAAAGAAAUAUACUUGCUGAUGAUAUCACAGGUGAACUCAAUAAAAAACUUCUGUUUGACACAUUAAUUGCAUUUUCUGAAACAGAUCAACACAAACAUAAAAGUGCCUUUGAAAUAGACGUGAUGAAUUAUGGCAAAGGCCUAAGACAAGAAGACAAUCUGAAACAGUUUCUCGUCAAAGAAAAUCCAGUUGCUAGCUUAUCUGAGCAAUCAGCAAAGGUUUCUGAUGUUUUAUUGUGUGACUUCAACAUGCUUAGCAUGCAUGGUUGUCGCACAGUAGCAGAAAGAAUUGUGACUAAAUUUGUAGAUGAUGCAGUUAAAGAGUAUAAGAAGAUUAAAAGAAAACAUGGAGCAAAAGCAGACAAGAUAUUUCAUUCAUCUUCAGAGACUUCUCCAACCACUUUGCCUUUCCUUAUAAAAAUCCUUGAUGCGGGUGUUUUUGGAAGCUCUGAAGAUUUCGAUCAGCCUAAUUCUGAUGAACAUACCCUCGAAAGACAAACACAAAAGCAGUACUUGUACAAAUUGGAUCGCUGGCACUCAGCUCCUUGGAAGAAAACUGUGGAGGUUCCUCUUGUGGUUCCACAUUACAGUUCGUAUGUUAAAAAAUUGUCUGCAUCUGCUGUAGAAGAAUUAUGGACUCCAGAAAACAUAUAUUCAAAUUUCAAGAGAAUUAGUGUGCCAAAGCAUUUUGAAUGUAAUGACUUCCCAGGGAAUGGUUUGGAAACAGAAAGCAAGAGGAUGUAUGAUCAGGUUAUAUUUGAUUUGACUCGUGAGGUGCUAUGUGCAGAAUAUCAAGUAACUGCAAAUCCAAAUAGACUUCCAUGGUCAAAAGAAAAUUUGGGAUCUCGCCGUUCCAGAUCUCAUUGCAGAAGAGCAGAUGUCAAUGAGGUCAAGACAUUUGUUCAGGGUGAAGUCAUUAAAAUAAUGAACCUGGAAAAGAAUGACUUAGAAAUGAAAAGAAAACUACUUAAUAUGACCAAGUAUGGAAACUGUGAGAAAGACAGAGUGGACCUUAUUCUGAUUCAGGAGCUCCGCAGAGAAGAAUCUCAGUGGACUUACUAUGAUGAUGAUGAAUUAACUGUGAAGAUGAGAAUGACUGAAAACAUAUUUGAUAGCUUGAUCCUUGAUACAAUCAGAGUUCUUAAUAAGAUUUAUCUGAGAAAAGCCUGUGAAGUUUUCCCUAAUAGUGGAAUUUUAAUCCCUGACUUUUAAGGCAAGAAUGUGUGAUUAAGAAUUUUAGUUCUGAACUUCACCCAAUACCAGUGUGGCCUAAGUUAUACAUUCAUAUUUACAAUGAAAGGAUGCAAGCAGAGACGUAAGCACAUAGAAAAAUAUUACAUAAAAUAUUCUUCUUGAGUUCUGAGCUCUGGGAAUGCUCAUUAAGAUCAAUGUUCUUCUUAGACCGAUGUUAUGUGGAAUCUAAGUGGCGUGGAAAUCUUAUUCAUGUCUCUUUUUUUAAUCAAGAUGGCACUUUAUUCACCUAUGCAUUUUAAGAGCAUCAUAUGUUUAAAAUUGUAUAGGAGUCUGAUUAUACAAACAGAGUUCAAAACCAAUUUAUGUGUAAAUUAUUUUAUUCUGUUAUGUUCUGAUAGUGAAUGAUGAUGGAAGAACUGUAUUUUGAGAAUACUGUUUGGAAAAUCAAUGUUUUUAGAACACACGGGUACAGAUGGAAUUAAAUCUCCCAGAAACUGAAUUGCUAUGGACCUCUGUCUUUUGGAAUAAACUCUUCCAAUUGGAUCAUGUCUACAACUUUGCCUGAUGGGUGAAGCAGCAUAACAAAGGUGACUGAGAAAAUGACCAUUUUUUUUACACCCUGUGGAAUGGUUUUAAAUUAGCCCAGAGAUGACUUGAGAGAUGUGGCAUAUGGCAGGAUCUACAGCCAAACAUUCAGUUCUAAUGUCUGUAACUUCAUGUAAAUGAGACAUACUGAUGUAAUGCACUUUAAAUGGGAUGCUUUUCUACCAGUAACUUCAAUUUCUGAAUAAUAAAUAUGUGCAUUUGAUUGCGUUCCUUAUCACGGAAUUUAUAUGAGCCCUUUGAAUUCCAACGCUGUCUAAACACCUGAGGAUGUACGUUAACUGGCAAAUCAGAAGAAAACAAUCCUAUUUUAUUUUGUAUUUGUAAAAUUGGAAAAAAUCAAGAUUUGAAGAAGGAAAUGUAAGUGUUCCUCGAAUGUGUUAAUUUUUAACAAUGUAUAGUACUGUGCUUUUACCUAUUUUGCAUUAAGACUAAUGAUAAAUUUGUAUUUGUUAAUGUUUAAAACAAAUCUUAUGCAAGUGUUACAUAAUGGCAUUCAGAAAUUGUUCGUUACUAAAUAAUUGAAUGUAAGUAGAUUUAUUUAAUUCUCCUUCCUUCAGGGAGUCUUUCAAAUGAAAAGCAGGACCCUUAAUACAAUUUUUAAAAAUUGAAAGGCGCUUUGUUUCAGUUUAGGUACUGAUGGUUCAAUUGUUUUCAUAUUGAAUUGUUUUCUGAAUAAACAAAAUAAAUCCCCUCUGUCUCUUAUUUUUACUGAAAUUCUAUUUGACUUCAGAUUAAAUUGUAUAUAGUGCUACUCCCAUUAGUGAAUGGGAAUUGUUUUGUUGUUUUAGAAAUAGAUCUUCGGGACAUUAAAAAGCACUGUCACAGUAGCUGACCUAUGAACAGAAAUAAAAAGGUAACUUCUGUUUCAAGCACCUUAACUGCUGAUCAUAUCCUGUAAACUAGUUUCACGUCCCAAGUGGUACGUCUUCUAAGAAGUCUGCCAUAUAUGGCAGAAAUUUAUUUCUAACUCAUUGAUACAGCCUGGAACAUUUUACACGCUGAGCUUAGGCUAUAGUCUUCUGCAAAGGUUGUAUUCCUUCUGCUGGUAAGGACAAAGGCUCAGCCCUAGCCUUCCUUAACUGAUUAACUGAAUUAACUGACUUUGCUGUAGCUGGAGCCUUGACUCUCCUAGUUUGAGAUCCUCUGGUAAGACCCUGCAGCUGAUGGCACUGCUGAGAUGCAGCAUUAACUGAGCUCUUCCUUCUUAGGUGAGAAUUACCGCCCUCCUGACCUUUAUCCUCACUGAUUAAUUAAUCCAGGUAACUUAUUUGUUCUAAGAUUAAUGCUUUCUUCUUGUCAGCUUAUGGUAGGAUUUAAUUCAAUGCUUUUUUUUUCCACUGGACUUAUAGACAAAUUGUUGGAUAUAACGACAGAUCUAUAUAUUGAAGCACUACAGAUUUUCAGUUUGUUGUCGCUGUGGUUCUGCAGCAGCAGCACCAGCAUCUGUGUUGUGUGUUUGGAAUGAAAGCUAUUAAAAAUAUCAUUUAUAUAUGUGAAUGAAUAGGCGAAGGACUUGUUUAAUUUCAGACUGCUAUAUGUUACGCUUGAGGAAGAUAACCAUUAUGUUUGCAACUAGAGUUGUGAGUGAAGCCCGAAUCUGUGCAAGAUAGCUAUAUUCAGAAGGACAUAGCCAUAAAGUAACUACUGCUGAUGAGAAUAAAAAGUGUGUACACAGACCAUGUCAGACAUAUUUAAUAUCCCCCACCAUUAUGUGUUCAAAACCUUAGAUUCUGGCACCCAGAUAUAUUGACCUGUUCAGUCAGCAGCAAGACUUCAAUAUCAAGAUUACUCUACUUCAAGGUCUAAUAUUUUGUUUGCCUUGGUUUUGAUCAAUAUUAACCUCCUAGGUCAAUAAAUCUUGAUACUAGCCUCAAGAGGAGUCAUUAUCUUUCAUAGAAAAUGAUUAUUUCUCAGUUAAACCCUACAUUUAAUUCUCCUGUAAUCCAUCUCUUUCAUCUUCACGCAUUUAAUAAUUUUUCGGAAUAAAAUGAACUCUAAAAUACCUUACACGCUGUCAAUUUUAAAAUCCUAAUUAGCACCUGCCACAAAUUUUUCCAUUUUUAAAUGCAUUUGGAUUCCACCACUGUAACCAUCUCAUUUUGUUACUUCCAGAACAGAGAAAAAAUAGAGAAUGGAAAACCCCUCAAAUGGAAUGUGAUACAAGGAAACAACUUGAGCUGUGAAUAUGGAUGCAAAAGAUAUGUGACUGAACAACUUUAGACAUUAAUGGUCAAGAAAAGAGACAAUCAGGGAAAAAAUAGGUAAACGUGGCAGAAUCUGUUACUCAGUUCUCAGACGAGAGGAUUUUUAUUGCAUCUAAGAUUCCUACUCUUGCACUGUUUGUGUACUGCUGGCCAUAAAUGAUCAUAAACUAGAUUCUCACCUCCGAAUUUACAGCAGAGUGCACGAAGUAAGAAUUUGGAUUCGUUUUCUAUUUGGUCUUGAAGGAUUAAAAGGACCGUUUGUGAGUAAAGGAAGCAAGAAUCAACUUUUAGGGGACUUUAGCCUUUCGUCAUCCCCAGUCCUUAAACUCCACUGAAUUCUUCCUCUGGGGACAUUCUCUGUGUUGUUUUUCUGCCUCUGUUAACGUAACGAAAUUUCUUAACCCUGUAUUUACAACUGAGAGGAGACCUUCGUACUGUGGCUACAGCUGUAAGAGGCGUUACAAUGCAUUCCCGGCUCACAAGCACACUCAAGUAAAGGACGGCAUCUAACAACUUGUCAGACUCACAGCAUCCUACGUGCAGCUUUUUACCGGCGCCUGCUUUGAAGAGAGCUGUCCCCCUCCUGCCGGCUGCGGGACGCCACGGGGCAGUGCGAGGCUACGCUGCCUUCAACCCAGCUCCCGGCUCUCUGAGGCCACGACUGGUUCCCGCAGUGGAUUGCCUGCGUGUUAAACUCAGCCACCGAGAUACCUGCACUGCUUUAACCUACUUCAUCCUACCCGUCUCCUUAGGGAGCCCUACGGGACAAGCGGAUCUCAACACAGCAGCCACGGCUUUGCACCGCGCAGGGGGCACCGGGGAGCGAUCUCACCCCGCCUCACCCUACCCGAGGGCCUCAGCGGACCCGCGGCCACCCCCGGAGGGACAACGCCCGCUCCCCCGACCCGUGCGGAGCCCGUUUGGCCGCGCGGGGCUGCGACAUCCCCCGCUCCCCGUGCGGGGGGAACCCCCCGCGGCCC